UGCUACAGUUGAAGCUCCAGCAGCGACGGACACGUGAAGAGCUGGUUAGUCAAGGGAUCAUGCCUCCUCUGAAAAGUCCAGCUGCAUUUCAUGAACAGAGAAGAAGUUUGGAACGGGCCAGGACAGAGGAUUACUUGAAACGGAAGAUCCGGUCCCGACCAGAGAGGUCUGAGUUGGUGAGGAUGCACAUUCUAGAAGAGACCUCUGCUGAACCUUCUCUUCAGGCCAAGCAGCUGAAGUUGAAGCGGGCUAGAUUGGCUGAUGAUCUCAAUGAGAAGAUUGCCCAGAGACCAGGCCCCAUGGAAUUGGUGGAGAAAAAUAUUCUGCCUGUGGAAUCAAGCUUGAAGGAAGCUCUCAUUGUAGGUCAAGUGGACUAUCCUAAGUUAGCAGAUAAUUCCUCCUUUGAUGAAGACAGCAGUGAUGCCCUGUCUCCAGAACAACCGGCUAGCCAUGAAUCCCAGGCAUCUGUGCCAUCCCCAAUGGAUGCUCUGAUGAGUGAUUUAGUUCCUACUCCCACAGUGGCAUCCCCUGCUCAGAUUGUGUGCCAGUUAAAAAUCAGCACAGACUGCACUGAGACAACUUAUGUGUCUGAACAGCCUCCAACCCCCUUGCCACAGCCGCCGCCUCCAGUGCCUCUGAAUCUCACUAAUGGGAUUGCUCCUGCUGCUGCCAAACCUCUUCCAACUCUUAUAAAGCAAAGCCAGCCAAAAUCUUCAGGUGAGAAGUCCCAGCGUAGCAAAAAAUCCAAGGAGCCGAAACCAAAAGUCAAGAAGCUGAAAUAUCACCAAUAUAUUCCACCGGACCAAAAACAGGAUAAAGGAGCUCCCCCCAUGGAUUCAUCUUAUGCCAAAAUCCUGCAGCAACAACAGCUCUUUUUACAGCUCCAGAUCCUUAAUCAACAGCACCAACAGCACUACAACUAUCAAACCAUCCUCCCAGCUCCACCAAAGCCUUUAGGAGAACAGAAUGGCAACAGCACCCCAGCCUUGCGUAAUCUUUCCACGGCUGCCAGCAACGCCUCUUCUCUUUCUUCUAGUUCUAAUGGGCUCUUGCGACAAAAUAGCAAUUCUCCAGUAGGCAAACCUGGGGCUCUCCCUACUAACCUUGAUGACAUGAAGGUGGCAGAGCUAAAGCAAGAGUUGAAGUUAAGGGCAUUGCCUGUUUCGGGUACCAAGACAGAUUUAAUUGAGCGGCUCAAGGCUUAUCAAGAGCAGAAUGGUAUAACCAGCCGAGUAAUUGCUGCUCCGAAGGCUAACACAGCAAUUCUCCCGAAGACUACUGAAGUGGUGGUAACUUUCCCAGCUGCUCGGCUGAGUACAGGUCCUGCACUUGUCAAUACAGGCCUUACUUCAGCAGAGGUUGUUGUAGCCACUGUCACGGGCAAUGGGGUCAUGAAGUUUGGGAGCACAGGCUCAACUCCUCCUGUGUCACCCACUCCCUCUGAACGUUCUCUGAUAAGUGCUGGAGAUGAGAAUUCAAUCAGUGGUGAUACCUUUGGGGAGAUGGUGACUUCUCCCCUGACUCAGCUUACUCUACAAGCAUCACCAGUCCAAUUUUUGGUAAAAGAAGAGAGUUCCAAAGGUAACACUUGUAGCACAAAUGCAAUGUCAAGGGUAGAGUCUAGCAUGAACAACAACAAAGACAUGGAGGUCCAGGAUAAAGACCAGAUGCUGCAGGAGAAAGAUAAGCAGAUUGAGGAACUCACCCGGAUGCUGAAACAGAAACAGCAGUUGGUGGAGAUGCUAAAGCUGCAGCUGGAGAAAGAAAAGAGAUCUCAACAACCGCUGUCAACUACAGUUGUUGGAGAAGAAGACAGAGCUACAGUCUGUGAGCCCUCUAUUUUUGGCACCUCUGUCAAGAAUGAAAAAGGCUUUGUGAGUUGCCAAUCUGUGGAGCAGCUGAACUGCCAAAUUGACCAACUAAGACCCACACAGACCACCAGCCAAAUGGAGACAUCAGAUACAAAUUUAGUGCCAAAGAAAGCAGUGAUGGUGAAGCAGGAGGUGCUAGCUGCUGAAACUGAGCCACCAUGUCAGACCUCAUGUUUUUUCCUUGGACAACAAGCUGGAGGUUUCAGUGAUUUCAUCAAGGGAGCUUCCCCCCCUACCCUCAUCACAGAUUCCACAGGGACUCACAUAGUCCUCACUGUGACCAAUCAGAAUGCUGAAAGGCAGAACCUCUCACCUCAGGAGAAAGUGGGAAGCAGUUCGUUGCCAUUGAAAAGAAUAUCAUCUCCAUCUACAAUAGCACCCAGCAAGCCACUUAUAAAGAACUCUCCAUCAUCUCCUGAACCUCCACCAAAGGAGUCCACCCAAAAGCGUCAGAAGUCAGGUCUGCAAAUGGUCACUGGACAGCUGCCACAAACAAUCUUAUCUUUUUCUGCAUCUCCCAACUUGCAGCCGUUCUUCCUGAACGGCUUCCACAAAGGACCGCCGAAUGCCAGAGUUCCUGAUAAAACUGGCCAGUCCAGUGAGACAAAAAAGUUUCUCUCACAGCCAAGUUCUCCAGCUCCUCCUUCUCCACCCCAUAUGGACCUUGAGCAGCAGAAGCAGAGCCCUUCCUUCUUUGGCACUUUGCCACCAAUGCUUCUCCCUGCCACCUCAGUUGUGAUGAAAGAACCACCAGGCUAUGAGGAGGCUGUGAAGCAGCAACCCAAGUCCUCCGAGGAGAAUGGCUGCUCAAGUCAGCAAAUGGAUGAUUUGUUUGAUAUUUUAAUUGAACAUGGAGAGAUUUCAGCUCAAUUCAAAGAAUCUCCCUCAGCAAAGAAAGAUCCCACUGUUACCCCAAAAUGCCCUUCUCCAUCCAGCAAUCAUCAUUCCUCAGAGCUUUGUCUGCAGGGGCACCCAAGCUCCGUUAAUCCACCAGGCAGACUGGAAGACUUCUUAGAGAGUACCACUGGCCUCUCUUUGUUGACGGCAGUCCCUGAUGGAACCGAGCCCCUAAUUGAUCUCUACAGUGAGAUGCUAAGCAGUUCAGCUAUCCUGGACCAUCCAUCCUCACCUAUGGACACAUCAGAAUUGCACUUUGCCCCUGAAUCUGCCGGGGGACCAGGUUUGGACUUGGCAGAACCCAAUUUGGACAGCAUGGAUUGGUUGGAGCUGUCAGGAGGGCCAGUGAUGAGCCUUACGCCCCUCAGUUCUGCAACCCCUAGCCUCUUCUCCACAGAUUUCCUUGAUGGACAUGAUUUGCAGCUGCACUGGGAUUCUUGCUUAUAACUUUUUGACCAAGUAAACUGAAGGGAGUACAGGUGGGUGUAGCAGAUGAGCAAGAAUUUAAGUAAACAGUGCAUCUAAUGAACCUUCUUUUUUCUCCCCCCCCCUUCCCAAUUUUGACCAGUUUUUGUAACGCUAGAGCCAAGGGCAAGUACCCAUGAUGUUUUCUGAAUGAAAAUUCAAUCUCAGGAAAGCUUCCACUUUUUCCAGUGGUUUGUCAAAAUGUGGCUCUUUCCUCAAACAUUUAGCAAUUGCAUCAGAGUUCUAUGAGUAACUGCAGAUACUUCAACAUAAAGGAGAAGUUGGAGCAGUUCUAGGCAAAGGAUCCAGAAAAAUUCAUUGGCAAACACAAUUCUCCUUGCUGGAGAUUAAUCUAUCUAAUUGGAAAGCAUUAAAAAAAUUGGAAAAAGUUAAUUUGUCCACACUGUAAAGAUUUUCACUUAGAAUAUGACUCAUCUGGGAAAGGAAAUGGGGAAUUAGGAUGAAUUCAUACUGAAGUUUACAAUCAGCUCGGAGGGUUACAUUCUAGUUAAAAUAGCCUUUUUCUUGAUAAUGCUGUAGUAUAUGUGCUUCCUGCCUACUAAGAAAGCUAAAUCCACAUUAUAUCAUAACUUAAGAGAACAGCUCUUGCUGUUCUGGAUUGCCCCAAUGUAAAAUAAACAGAGGGCCAAUUA